AUGGCCAGUCCUACCGUUCUCACUUUUGACGCUGAGGGCCGUCCGAUCAAGUUUGACGUUUGGCUCGAUGACCUGCACCUGUUCCUCCAGAUCACAUCCAAGGAUGAUGUUUCCCUGUUUGACCACACGUCCGGCGUAGCCCCCGCACCUGCUGCUACUGCUGGCAGUACAGCUCGCUCACAGUGGCAGACCCGUGAUGCUCACGCUCGCCUAGCCGUUCGCAGCCACCUGCCGUUAGAUGAACGCGAGCACUUUGGCCAGCAUAAGACCGCUAAGGAGCUGUACGAUGCUGUAGUUGCGCGCUACUCCUCCCCUGCUAGUGCUGCGAUAGGCCGUCUCUCGCUGACCUAUCUUUUCCCCGAUCUGUCCGCCUUUGCCACUGUAGCUGACCUCAUCACCCACCUCCGUACUAGUGAUCUCCGCUACCGUGCCGCGCUUCCUCCCGAUUUCCUCGCCAAGAACCCUCCCCCGAUGUACCUCACACUCUACCACCUAGUCACUCGCCUCCCUGACUCUCUUCGCGCUGUCAGGGACCACUUUCUCGCCCUCUCCCCCACUGACCUCACUGUCGACCUGCUCGAGAAGGAACUCCUUGCAGCUGAGAAGAGUAUUGUAGCUGUAGGUGCCUCUCGUGGCGACCAUCGCACUCCCUUCUUUGAGGGGUGCUCCCCCGUCCCCCUUCUCCCCUCCAUUGCAUCUGCUGCUGCUGUCGACUACCUCGGUGCUGAGGAGGUCGGGGCUGCGUCUGCUCCUAGUUGGAGGCGCAAGGGCGGCAAGGGCAAGGGGGGCAAGGGUGGCGGAGGUGGAGGCGGGGGUGGCGGUAGUGGAGGGGGUGGAGGAGGCGGGGGUGGUGGCGGUGGUGGGAGGGGUGCUGGUGGUGGGGGGGUCAGUGGCGGAGGCGGGGGUGGUGGCGGCGGCGGUAGUGGGGGUGGCGGGGGUGGUGGUGGUAGUGGUGGCGGCGGUGGAGCUGGUGGCGGGCGCGGUGGAGCGGUGCAGCGUGGAGGGUUCGGUGGUGGCCAGAGGCAGCAGCAGCAGUGUCCCAGCGAGACCCCGUCCUCCCAGCAGCUCCGUGAGUGGUACUCUCAGCGUGGGGGGUCUGGGGGUGGAGGUACUUGCCCGUACCUUAUCCGCACAGACCUGGGUAUUGGGACCAGUGAGGCUGCCGCUCUAGGUGCUAGUGCGUCUGCUGCUCUAGGUCCUGGUCAGGCUGCUGCUCUAGGUGCUAGUGAGUCUGCUGCUCCAGGUGCUCGUGCGUCUGCGCCUGCUGGUACUGCGUCGACUGAGGCACUGCACACCUUCACACUGGACUCGGGUACUUCCCGCUACUUCUUUCGUGACCGCACUGUCCUUGAGCAGCUAGCUCGGCCUGUUGGUGUCUCCCUGGCUGACCCCUCCGGUGGCCCUGUCCUUGCGACCUCCUCCACUGUCCUCCCUUGUCCUGCGGUCCCGUCCGGCACCCUGUCAGGUCUCUACCUCCCCUCGUUCUCUACGAACUUGGUGGCGGGCUCUGCUCUCCAGGACGGGGGUGUUCACCAGUUCACCCCUGCCCAUGAGCGUGUGACCCACUGCACGUGUGCUCGGACGGGUCGCCACCUGUCGGCCCCCUGCUCGUGUCGCUCCCUGUCGCACGAGACCUUCCUCUGGCACCACCGCCUUGGUCACCCGUCAGUGCAGCGCCUUCGUGGCAUGCACUCCCGGUACCUUGUCUCUGGUCUUCCCAGGGUUCUCCCUCCCCUCCCACCCUCGCCUGCUCCUCCCUGUCUUCCCUGUGGCGAGGGGCGGCAGCGCGCCGCUCCUCACUCCUCCUCGUUUCCCCCGACGACUGCUCCCCUGCAGACCCUCCACAUGGAUGUGUGGGGCCCAGCCCGCGUCCGUGGACAGGGUCACGAGAGGUACUUCUUGAUAGUUGUUGACGACUACUCGCGCUACACCACGGUCUUCCCCUUGCGCACCAAGGGUGAAGUCCCUGAUGUUUUGAUCCCUUGGAUCUGCGCUGCCCGUCUCCAGCUCAGCGAGAGGUUCCACUCGGACUUUCCGGUCCUGCGUCUGCACUCUGACAGAGGUGGGGAGUUUUCCUCCGACCUCUUGAGGGACUUUUGUUGUGGGGAGGGCAUUGAGCAGUCGUUCACGCUUCCGGCCUCUCCACAGCUGAAUGGGGUUGCUGAGCGCCGCAUUGGCUUGGUCAUGGAGGUCGCUCGUACCUCCUUGAUCCAUGCGGCUGCCCCCCACUUUCUGUGGCCGUUUGCGGUCCGAUCCGCUGCGCAUCAGCUCAACCUCUGGCCCCGUGUCUCCGUUCCGGAGACUUCGCCGACACUGCGUUGGACGGGAGAGGUUGGCGAUGCGUCGGUGUUCCGGGUCUAG